AAGAUAAAGGCGGCAACAAUGGCGUCCGACAAAACGCUGCAAAAGAAUUUCCUAUGCAUACAUUCUUUAGAAUAUAUAAGUUCCUGGCUGCACAUGCACACGUUAUAAAUUAUUUUAAGUUAUGGUUUUGUCUAUGGACCGUUGGGGCGGAAAAGUGGCUGUGGUAAGGGGAGCGAGUGCAGGAAUUGGGGCAGCUAUCGUGGAAGAACUAGUUAAACACGGCAUUAUAGUUGUAGGUUUCGCUAGAAGAAAAGAGCGUGUGGAACAAUUAGCUACUACAUUACGGGGUGCCAAAGGAAAAGUGAUAGCGGUAAAAUGUGAUAUGACGAUUGAAGACGACAUUUUAGAGGCCUUCAAGUAUGUUCGUACUAAUCUUGCACCGGUUAGUAUAUUAAUAAACAACGCCGGAAUUCUUCAGGCAACUAAUCUUAUUGACGGCGAUACAGAAAAAUGGAAGACAUUGUUAGAUACCAACAUAUUGGGCUUAUGCAUAGCCACCCGAGAAGCAAUGAGAGACAUGAAGGCCAACAACAUUGACGGGCAUGUUAUACACAUUAAUAGCCUUGCCGGUCACAGAGUGUAUGAUUAUCCUCAGGUGAACUGUUAUGCAGCUAGUAAACACGCCGUAACUGCUCUGGCGGAAACCUUGCGAUACGAAAUAAACAGGGAAAAUUUAAAAGUUAAAAUAACGAGUAUAAGCCCCGGUUAUGUUGAGACCGACAUCGUGCAAGCUGCUUUCGGAACACAAGCUGCAAACUUUCCCUUAAAAAAGGGAUUAAAAUCUGAAGAUGUUGCGGAUGCCGUUUUGUAUGCUCUAUCCACACCUCCACAUGUACAGGUUUCUGAAGUCACAAUAAGGCUCCAAGGAGAUAACCGAAACUAACAAUAACUUAAAGAGAAAAUAAAAAAAUAAAUAGGUCAUUCAAUAUGGUGUUAUGCAGAAAAUGUUUAGCUACACUGGAAUAACGUGAAUAUAAAAAAUUUGAUUUGAUGUAAAAAGUAUAUCAACAAAAUAUUGUAGACGUACAGGAUAAUAAAAAUAAUAUUUUUUGCCAUGA